GUUAUUCUUUGAUUCUCGAAAUGAGUGACCUCUCACCGUCCAUCGUUGUCCGUCUUUCUACUUCAUCGCUAGUUUUCGAUCUUUCCCAGCCGACCCCAUUUACCAUCACACUAGGCCUCACACUUGAUUAUACCGCACCGAUCACAUUUAGAAAAAUCUACACUGGUCUUUUCGACGGGAAGCUUCUACAUGAAGGCGGGCUCACAUUCACCAACGCGGCAACCGGCCAGCAUCUGCCUCGCAACACCAUCGACAUUUGCUAUCGGUCUGACCACGAGCAUUGUGGUCCCACGUGGGCUACGAGAAGUGACUACGUAACACUAUAUCCAGGUCGGGAAUAUGUCAUCGAAAGAACAAUCAACCCAGUGAAAGUCAAGUUUUUGAGCGCAGGAAUUAAUGGAGAGAAGGGUGAUACACGCCACGAAGGUUUGAAGUGGUAUGGUCUUUGGGGGUUCGAAGAUAAGGCGAGGUAUCAAAUUGGGGUUAGCGAUGCGGCAGUGGUGAAGGAGUGGAUUGAGGGUUCAAUCUGGGAGAUAUUGGGGUGGCAGAUACUAAGAGGAACUCCGCAGAUGAAGCGCGAAUUGAUACGAUACACGGUUCAUGACUCAGGAUUGUUCGAGAUCAGAAGACCAGACACAGAUGGGAGUUUGAACUGGCCCUAGGAUACUCUCAUCGCUACUUCGGCUCGAUUGGCAACUAGAUGGAUAAUUACCAAAUUGUACCCUAAGAGGGCCGUUUCAAGGAACC